AGAUAAGAUAGACAGCCCCUGGCAAGACAACAGCCUAUAUAUCUAAUAUGCAAUGGCCUUCAGCAACUGACUAGAAAUGAGGUUCCUUUUGCUCUGCGUGUGUCUCUCCGGGGUUUUGGGUGGGCCCUCCCACCGCCCCACCUUCCGCCGAGGCCUCAACCGCAUCGUCGGAGGAACGGACGCGACCCCGGGGGAGAUCCCGUACCAGCUGAGCUUCCAGGACAUCUCCUACGACGAGGUGUUCCACUUCUGCGGCGCCUCCAUCUACAGCGAGGACUGGGGCAUCUGCGCGGGGCAUUGCGUCAGCGGCGAGGACUGGGAUAACCCGGACUACCUGCAGGUCGUGGCCGGCGAGCACAACCUGGACGUCGUCGAGGGCACGGAGCAGACCCGCAUCCUGUCCAAGAUCAUCCGCCACGAGGACUUCGACGGCCCGUGGCUCUACAACGACAUCUCGCUCCUGCAGUUCUCGUCGCCGCUGGCCUUCGACGAGUACGUGCAGCCCAUCCCCAUCGCCGAGCAGGGCCACACGGCCACUGGGGACUGCGUGGUGUCGGGCUGGGGCUCCACCGUGGAGGGCGGCUAUGCCCCGGACGUGCUGCAGAAGGUGACCGUGCCCAUCGUGCCCGACGAGGAGUGCGCGCAGCACAUGCUCAUCGAGGACUUCAUGAUCUGCGCCGGGUAUCCUGACGGAGGGAGCGACGCCUGCCAGGGUGACUCCGGAGGGCCCCUCGUGUGCAAGGACACCGGGUCCGCCUACCUGGCCGGCAUCGUGUCCUGGGGCUACGGCUGCGCGCGCCCCGAGACCCCCGGCGUGUACACGGAGGUCUCCUACUUCAGCGACUGGAUCAAGAUGCACACGGGAACCUAAGGCCGCCCCUUCCCUCUCCUCUUUUCCCUUCCCUCCCUCUCCUUCCCCUCCCUUUCCUCCCCUCCCUCUCCUUCCCGCUC